GGAGCUGGCUGAAGCCUUUGAAGUCUGCGAGCCUUUGUUGUUGGUUUAGUCCGGGAGUGAUUGUGUGCGGUUUUUGCAUCUGUCUACGUCUCGGUGAAAUAGAUGGGGAUUGGGAGUUGUUGAACUACUUAUUUCCUAAGUAUGUCGGAUUCAUCAGAAGAUGAAGAUUUGUCUCGUUUUAGAGAAGCUGUAGACAGUACCUUUACUCAACUGAUUGAUCAGUCAAGAGGAAAGAAGCAAAUUGAUCAUAAAUGUGAUAUAAACGCAAAAACGAAAUCCGAGCGAUACUUGGAAGUUGCCAGUCAUUACAACGAUGUUAUAGUGCCUGCAGAAUUACAGAAGAAAAUUGCCACUAAAAUAUCGGCUAUUAUCGAUAAACAAGUGGAAUUCGUAAAUAUUGAAUAUGUAAAAACAAAGAAGAGAAAAAUCAAAGGUGGUAUAAAACUUUUCAAAGAUUCUGAAAAUUAUUUAUCAUGGGUAGAAGCCAAAGACACAUUCACUGAAGAGCAUAAUGCAGAGGCAAAAAAAAUGAAAAGGGCCAAGAGGAAAAUCGAAGAUGGUGAUUUAACUCCUAUAGAUAAAAUUAAAGCAGCUGUACUCUCCAGUGAACAUAUUUUAUCAAAGGAGGAAAUCAAAUGUUGGAAAUCGAGGAGAAAAGAAAAGCUGUAUAAGUAUAAAAAAAAUGGAAAUGGUAAUUUAUUAACACUGAUUGAAUGAUAAAAAUGUUAACAGAGAAUGGAUGAAUAUUUUUUUUUAUACUCUGUUAUAGGGUUAGACUAAAAAAGGACAAUGAGAUAUUGAGUGUGCGUUGAGAGAAAACAAUGGAUGUCAUUGUUCAUAUAAUUCUGUUUCAUUUUCGCAUAGUUGUGCCUUAUCUUAUAUGGGACUUUAUAGCAAUAAGGUUGCUGACCCCACCCUGUAUAAUAAUAGAUUAAAAUAUAUGGUGGAUAUUACGGUGGACGUGGAAGUGAUUCAGAGCUCUAUGGUUACUGCUACAUAUAUUUUUGUUUCAAUGCUCACAUAAUAUUUUAAUAUAUGUCACUUUGUUGAUUGCCAAAGAGGAAAACCCGAUAAAGAUAAAUUAUUGUGUGAGUAAUUAUAUACUGAUCAGUUUAGAAUGUCCAAUUGUAAAAAGUACAAUACAGUAUAUAAAUGGAUUGCUGAAUACACAGAUAUAUAAUAAGUACUUAGCAUGAUUGUUAAUGUUUAAUAUUUUUAGGGAGGCUAUUAAGACUUCACCAAUUAGUUAUGUAACGGUGCGUUGUACCACCGUUUAUUUCAUCCUAGGUUUCUGCAUGCAACCUUUUUGUUUUUGAUCUUCAACAUCAUUUAUUUUUAUUAUUCACUUUUCGUAAUUUGAAAUUUUGUGUAAUAUUUAUGAAUGUCAGUUGGUGAAAAUUCGUCGAAUCGGAAACAUUAUACAUAUUUAAUUCCAAUCAAUAGUUAUAUGUUGUAAAAAUGUAUACUAUAUCAAAUCAUAUAAAUAAUAAAGUUAAAUUACUCAACAAACCAGAAGAAAACGUUAUUUUUUGUUUACUCUUUAUUAAAUCAAGUUCUCAAGCUUAGUCAGCCUUUUAUUAAUUUUUUACUAAGCAUCGAACAUCCAUCAGUGUUUUUAACAAACCCAUCAUGAUAGUAAUUUAGACAUAUUGGGGAAUGAGACGGGAAUUGGACAUUUAGAAAUCGUUGCACAAUUUUUAUACUCUGAACUAAAAGGAUAAUGUAAAUGUAAAGGAAUUGAACAAUGACUGACAGAUAAGAGAGUUAUAUAAUGUAGGCUAUUGUUUUUAUCUUUGUCUUUCCCUCUUGUAUGUAAGCUCUUACAAUAAAUUAAUAAAGUUAAACGCAAAACUGUUUUAUUUUCUCAAGAGCACAUAUGUACAAGGUAUAAAAUAUAUAACAAAUAUGUAUUACUGAUCAGUGUGGUAUGUUCUAUUGUGUGUCCAUCUAUGAAGACAGGUAAUAAAUAAAAGAUGCAUUUU